AUGCCGGGGACAAUCACUACAGAGCCCAUCGAGAUUGCCAUCGUUGGUGGUGGGAUUGUUGGACUCGUACUUGGUAAGUUUAUUCCUAUAUACUCUUGCUGAAACUUUUAGGGGAAGCUCCUCGGCUCUCUCCAAGUACUUGACUUUUUACUAUGCUAAUUCGUUGGGACAGCCGCUGGCCUCACCCGUCAAAAGGUGCGCGUCAAGGUCUAUGAGCAGGCGCGCAAUUUCCGGGAGAUUGGAGCUGGUAUUGGCUUCACGGCAAGAACGGUGCAAUGCAUGGAAAAAGUCAACCCUGCCGUCGUCAGUGCUUUGCGCUCAGGCGGCUCGGUUAACGCUUCGUUGGACGAGCAUGAUCCAAACUCCUAUCUGCGCUGGAUUGAUGGCUACACUCAAAAUCGCGUGGAUGACCCAGAAUACCAAAAAAUACUCCUCACUCUUGAUGCUGGAUACAAGGGCUGGGAGACAGUUCGCCGCGAUCAAUUCUUGGAGGACCUUGUAAAGGUCAUACCAGAGGGCGUAAUUGAACUGCAAAAGCGGCUGGAUAAUAUAGAGCAGAAGGGUGAGGAAGACAAGAUUGUCCUCACUUUUGUUGAUGGGGCUAGAGUUGAAGCUGAUGCCGUCUUUGGAUGUGAUGGUAUUAAAUCUCGGACAAGACAAAUUCUUCUCGGCCCAGAUAAUCCUGCUUCAUAUCCUCAGUAUACCCAUAAGGUUGCAUACCGGGCGUUAAUACCAAUGGACAAAGCACUCGAGGCGUUGGGUGAGUACAAGGGCAGACGCCAGCAUAUGCAUAUUGGCCCUAAUGCGCAUCUCAUCCAUUAUCCUGUCAACCAGAAAAUGAUUGGUGCCACCGUCAUCGUCAGCGAUUCCAAAGACUGGCCCUCUGAUCAACAGAACACCGCACGAGGAUCACGCAAGGAGGUGGAAGCCGCACUUGAGGGCUGGUGUCUUCCCGUUCAAAACUUAAUCAAGUUGUUCCCGGAAGAGCUAGACCAGUGGGCGCUGUUCGACCUCUGGGAGUAUCCUGUCCCAGCUUACAACUACGGUAAAGUAAGCUUAGUUGGUGAUGCAGCACAUGCUUCUAGCCCACAUCACGGUGCUGGCGCGUCCAUGGGAAUUGAAGAUGCGUUAUGUCUUAGUACGUUACUUCAAGAAGUGUCCAAGGACGUGAAUGAGAAUGCAGAAUCCAAAGGUCAGGCAUUGCGAACCGCGUUUGAAACGUACAACGCCAUUCGUCGAACGAGAACCCAGUGGCUAGUCAAUAGUAGUCGUCGGGUCUGCGAUCUUUUCCAUCAGCCUGAUUGGGCGGAUCCAGCAAAGCGUGUCAAGGCCGAGUCAUGCUUUGAGGAAAUCAAGGAUCGAUCUUUUAAAAUUUGGCACCAUGACUCUGCGUCUAUGGUGGAAAAGACCAUUCAAGACUACAGGCAGAGACGCGAGACGCUCUCAGAAACAAAGAUUCAGAUGUCUUAG